CGGGCAUUCAGUGCAUGUGUUUUGCGAUCGUUUGGGCAAUGAAUUCAAAACACAAUUUAAUUGCCAUUUAGUCGUCGAUCAGAUCCAGUGAUCACUUCACUCGAGACUAUACCCACAAAACGCUUACUUAUUAAUCGACGGAUUUUACCACAUUUUCACCGCAAACACAACGUUUCCCACCGAAACGAGUCUUCAUUAUCACCGCUAACCACCACCUCAUCCGUGGAUCAAGUCACCAGAGUAUCCCCGCAGACAUCCAAACGCGUAAACCAUGUCUUUAGCGGACGAACUGUUAGCCGACUUAGAGGACGGCGACGACGACUACGAGGACCAGAUGUUGGCGCCAUCAUCGGCGGCGCCCACUAUCACCGGCAGUACCACCGCUGACACCAACACCACGACCGGUGACACACCGAUGGACACGACAAACGGCGACCAAUCGGGCGCUCAGUACACAUCCGUACGCUCUUUAGCCAAACUCAUGGACAGCGCGGACCUGUCGCGAGUGAUGUCCGAAAUCCACGCGAAACAGACGUCCAGCGAAUCCCAAGACAUGCGAAAGUCGCAGAUCGACGGACCCGUUGAGUCGCAUCCGGAGUACAAACUCAUCGUCGACGCCAACAAUAUGGCCGUCGAGUGCGACAACGACAUCACCGUAUGUCACAAGUUCGUGAGGGAUAAGUACGCCAAACGGUUCCCGGAGUUGGAAUCGCUGGUCCCGUCGGCCAUGGAGUACGUGAUGACUGUCCAGGAGUUGGGCAAUGAGCUGAACCGGGCCAAGACGUCCCAAGUGAUGGCCCAGUUCCUGACACAGGCCACCAUUAUGGUGGUGUCCGUCACGGCGUCCACCACUCAGGGACAGACACUGACGGAUGAGGAGCUCCGGUACGUGCGCGAGGCGUGCGAUAUAGCCGUCCGUCUCAACGAGUAUAAGCUGAAGAUCUAUGAGUUCGUGGAGUCGCGGAUGUCGUUCAUUGCGCCCAACCUUUCCGCUAUCGCCGGCGCCUCCAUCGCCGCCAAACUCAUGGGACUGGCGGGCGGCCUAACAAACCUCUCGAAGAUGCCGUCGUGUAAUCUGGAAGUACUCGGGUGUCAACGGCGUUCCCUCAGCGGCUUCUCCUCAUCGGCUAUUAUGCCGCACACGGGCUUCGUAUUCCUCACGGACUUAGUGCAGGAGUCGCCGCCCGAUCUGCGCCGCAAAGCCGCCCGACUCGUGGCCAACAAGUGUACGAUCGCCUCGCGUGUGGACGCCUCGCACGCCGCCAGCGACGGCUCCAUUGGGCGCCAGUUUCGCGAGAAA